AUGGCCAAAACCAAACUAAGAUCAUGCAUAUUUUGCUUGCUAGCCGUGUGUUAUGUGCUGAGUGAUAGAUUUGUUGGUGGAAGGAGGAUUGGUACCAUGGAAAGCAAAAGGUUAUUUCGGCAUAAAGGAACUGUCAAAACUAUUGAGGUCAUAACGAGCUUGCUUUUCCAAGGUCUAGUAAAAUAUUUGCAGGGUAAGGAUGGUGACGUUAUAGAUUGUGUAGAUAUCUAUCAACAACCUGCUUUUGACCAUCCGUUACUCAAGAAUCAUACUAUACAGAUGGAACCCAGUUCCAUUAAUCCAAAUGUAACAAACGAAGAAUUCUAUGAUGCCGAGCUGUUUCAAGGUUUGCAUGAGAAUGAGGAAUAUUGCCCUGAAGGAACAAUCCCAAUUAGACAUGCCCGAGAGGAUGAAUAUUAUGCAAAUCGGGCUAUACCUCCAGCUGCUCGUCGGAAAAACCUUAAUGUCCGUGUUAAUUAUGAUACUAAUGGUCAUGAGUACGCUGGAGCUAGUGUGAGUGGUGGCAACUACCUUGGAGCACGUGCAUUUCUUAACGUAUGGAACCCUGCGACAAAUGAUGGAGAUAUUAGCAUUGCUCAAGUAGGGCUUAGAUCAGGUCCUUCAGACCUACUAAACACCAUUGAAGCUGGAUGGAUGGUUAAUUCGCGAGACAAUGAACCCAAGUUAUUUAUAUACUGGACUCGUGAUGGAUACAAAACAACUGGGUGCUACAAUCUCGACUGUGCUGGUUUCGUGCAAGUAAAUCGUAUAUUUGCACUUGGUUCUCCCUUAAAGCCUGUCUCAAGCUACAACGCGAAGCAAUACACGAUAAGGAUAAGCAUAUACAAGAAUAAUGGAAAUUGGUGGCUACAAGUGAAAGACCAGGUACUUGGAUACUGGCCUAGCUCCAUCUUCACAGAUUUAGCAACCAGUGCUAGCACAGUCAGCUGGGAUGGAGAGAUUUAUGACUCAGGGCAACAGGCUCAUCACACAACAACUCAAAUGGGGAGUGGACAUUUUCCGAGUGAAGGCUUUGGAAAAGCAACUUACUUUCGCAAUAUUCAAUACAUGGAUGACAAUGGAAAAUUCAAUGACGUUGAGACGGGACUGGAACCAUAUGCAACAAAAUCUGAGUGCUAUGAUAUACGUGUAGCAGUCCAUAAGAUAAGAGGCUUUGGAACCCAUUUAUAUUUUGGGGGUCCUGGGUAUUCAGCAACAUGUCCUUAG